AUGGAUCGAUUUGAUGAAAUCUAUAGGGAGCGAAUCUCAGCUCUUUGGCAAGCAAUGCGUGCAACAAAAUGCAUAAGAGAGGAUAAUGUUCCAUUCAAAAUUGAAGAGGGUCUCUACUUGGGUUCCCUUGGUGCUGCAAAUAACAAGAGUGCAUUGAAAAGCUUGAAUAUCACGCACAUUUUAACCGUGGCCAAUUCAUUGGCACCUGCUCAUCCCAAUGAUUUCACAUACAAAAUUGUUAAUGUCCUAGACAGAGAAGACAUAAACAUAUCGCAUUACUUCGAUGAAUGUUUCGAAUUCAUUGAUGAAGCUAAAAGAAAGGGUGGUGGUGUAUUGGUUCAUUGCUUUGUGGGAAGAUCCAGAAGUGUGACUAUUAUUGUUGCUUAUCUGAUGAAAAAGCAUGGUAUGAGCUUAUCCGAAGCCUUGGAACACGUGAAGAGUAAAAGACCAGUGGCAUCUCCUAACUCUGGUUUUCUGUUACAGCUACAGAACUUUGAGAAAUCUCUUCGAGGAGUGAAGGCAGAAAGAUCACAUGAAGUUUAG